AUGCACGUCAUUUCGAUCUACAACUCAAAGGGCGGUGUUGGAAAGACCACCACCGCCCACAGCUUGGCUUUCGGCUUGGCGGCUGAGGGCCGUCGCGUCUUACUUGUAGACCUCGAUCACCAGGCCAACCUUUCCGGAUGGUGUAAGCAGCCGGCGAACGUACCGACGCUCGACGAAGUCACCCGCGGCGAGCCGCUUUCGAGCCUCAUCCAAGAAGUCGCGGACGGGGUCGACAUCGUCCCGGCCUCGGACCGGUUGCUUUCCGCAGAAAGCGCGGUCGGGGCGGAGAUGGUGCCUCAGCGCUGGUUGGCUCGCCACUUCAAAACCCUCAGGUCGGAUCGCUGGGACUACAUCAUCAUCGAUUGCCCUCCGUCGAUGGGUGCCCUGUCGAUCGCCGCUCUCGCGGCGUGUCAAUGGGUCCUGGUGCCUGUCGAGCUCAACGCUCUGAGCUUGGCCGGGGUCGGCCAGGCUGCGGAGAGGAUCGAGCAAAUCGCGGACAUCAACGAGGGGGUCCAGCUGCUCGGGGUUCUACCUGUACGCCAGGACCUUCGCAAGGUCGUUGCUCGUGAGGUGCUGGAGCAGCUCAAAGAGGGCUUUGGGGAAGACGAGAUCUUUUCGGGUAUCCGGACGGGUGUCCGGCUCGAGGAAUGCCCGAGCUUCGGUAUCUCCAUCUAUGAAUACGCGGCCGGCUCUCCGGUGGCGGAGGACUACAAACGCUUGGUUCAAGAGGUGAUUCACCGUGUCGAAGCGUAG